UUCCAUACACGAACAAUGUACACAUCAUAUAUUCGUCAUUGAUAGUAAUAAGGAGUUCCCCUUUCUCUUUCUUCGAGAUCUUUUUCCCUGAACCCUCCUAACCUUGCUAGGGUUUUGCGUUCCUCGUCUGCUUAGGGUUCGAUAUCUUAAAAAUUAGAUCUGUGUACUAAUUGCUAUGGACACUCGCAAGAGAGUUAGGCCUGAAGCUGGCUUGAACGCCAAUGGCUUUAUCAAAAAAUCAAAGCAAGAAAUGGAUUCUUUAUCAAGUGGUAUAGGAAGCAAAUCGAAGCCAUGCACGAAGUUUUUCAGCACUGUUGGCUGUCCAUUUGGUGAGAACUGUCACUUCCUUCACUAUGUUCCAGGUGGUUAUAAUUCCGUUGCUCAGAUGAUGAACCUGGGACCAAGUCCAGCUCCAAGAAAUGUGGCAGUCCCACCACCCAUCUCAAAUGGCUCUUCCCCACCUGCUGUGAAAACCCGCGUGUGCAAUAGAUAUAACACAGCUGAAGGCUGCAAAUUUGGAGACAAAUGCCAUUUUGCCCAUGGUGAGUGGGAACUUGGCAAGCCUGCUCCAUCUCGUGAUGAUCCCCGUACCAUGGGAGCUAUUCCAGGCCGUUUUAACAACAGGAUGGAGCCACCUGCUCCAAGCCCUGCUGCAAGUUUUGGUGCCUCAGCCUCUGCCAAAAUUAGUGUAGAUGCGUCCCUUGCUGGAGCCAUUAUUGGGAAGGGUGGUGUGAACUCCAAGCAGAUCUGUCGGCAAACAGGAGCCAAGCUAUCCAUUCGAGAGCACGAGUCAGAUCCUAAUCGCAGGAACAUUGAGCUUGAGGGCACUUUUGAACAGAUCAAGCAAGCAAGUGCCAUGGUAAGAGAGCUGAUUGAGAGUAUUGGUCCAGUGGUUGGCCGGGCAAAAAUCCCAGGAGCUUUUGGAGCACCAGCCCCUGCAGCAAAUAACUUUAAGACGAAGCUAUGUGAAAACUUUGCGAAGGGGGCCUGCACCUUUGGAGAAAGGUGUCACUUCGCUCAUGGGGCUGGCGAGUUGCGUAAAUCAGGAGUGUGAGGGGAGAAUAAUGGUCUCAACUAGUUGCGCUAGUGGGCAACAGUCUAUAGCUUCCCCAUUGUAGUUUAGCUUUUUGGGUCAUAGCUUCUUAAUGAAACUUUUGGGUGAUGCUGUUUUUUAUUUAUUUAUUAUUUAUUAUUAUUAUGUUGAAUGUUAGGCGCUUCCUUGUAGGUGGAAAGUAAUGAGAGGAAGAUAUUAUUAGCAUCUUUGGUCUCUGGUUUGAUUGAUCUGAUUAUGUCUUUGUAGA